GACCAUGGCGGCGAACGUAUCUGAUUGUGGCUGGCUGGCAUCAACACACCCAAGGUGCUCGCUCGCUGGGUCUCGUCGCAUCUCCAUCGACGGAGAUGACGAUUAUGCACAUGCAUCUGAAGACCCUCUCCAAGAUGGCUCCGUGGCCACCGACACAAUCUCCUGACACAACUUACCACAGCCCCUGAUAUUUUCUACUUAAUGGAAGAUUGUGAAAGUAGAGACUUGGAGCAAGUCUAACCAAUCACCCGCCUUUCCUUAACCGGAAGCAGCAAGCUCCAAUCACAGGCGAGAUCACAAGGGGCCUUGUUUACCUCUAUCAGCUGGCCAUGGCGGGCACGGCACGUUACUUGUGGCUGGCAUCACUACUCCAACAUUCUGUCUCGUGGCAUCUCCAUCGCUGGUCAGGGACAGUUACCCGGACCAACAUGUCUGUGCCGUCACCGACACAACCUCUCCACACAACCUCCUGACACAACCUCCUGACACAACCUCUCCACACAGCCUCCUGACACAACCUCCUGACACAGCCUCCUGACACAACCUCCUGACACAACCUCCUGACACAACCUCCUGACACAUCCUCCUGACACAACCUCCUGACACAGCCUCCUGACACAGCCUCCUGACUCAGCCUCCUGACACAACCUCCUGACACAGCCUCCUGAUAUUCACUUCUAGAUGGAAGAUUGUUUAAGCUAUUCAACAAAUAUUAAAAUGGCAGAUACUCUCAAAUUUGGCCCUGAAUGGCUCCGACAGCUGUCUGGCGGGAACAGUGUUGCAUCUCCCCCGCCCACACCUGGGUUAGGGGGCAAAUUCAAGCUAGCAGAAUACAGAUAUGGGCGGGAGGAGAUGCUAGCCCUCUUUCACAGUAAUUACAAAGCCCCUGAAGACCUUGUCAACUUCCCGCCAGUCUACGUUGAAGAGGCGCAGAAACCACUAGCUCUAAUUUCUCUAACUGAGGAAGAACAGAGGUUGAUGUCUCAGUCUGUGAACAGUACAACAGUGCUCCGGUCCAUGGGUCGAGGGGGGCAGCCAGUCCGAGGGGGCAGAGGGGGUGGAGACCGGGGGAGAGGCAGAGAUGGCACUUUUUCAGGGCGGGGACGAGGCGAUGGUUUCCCUCCAAGAACUCAGCCCUUUGACCAAGCAGAGAACGGCGGUGGUUUUGGGAGAUCGCGGGGUCAGAACAAAGAUGGAUGGGAAGAAGUUGGUAAAAAGUAUGACCGAAGCUUCUCCACCCGUACUAUUGAGGACGUCCAAGCAGGGGGGCGACACCCUCAGUUCUCUCGAUCGCUGAGCAGUGAUAAUUGGCGAGAGAAAGAAGAGACACAUGAAGAUGAUGCAGGAGACUGGCGAAGGGCAGGGCCACAGAAAGAAAGAUGGAGCACACGGACCAACUGGAGAGAACCUAUUGGUCGAGGUGGAUUUGAUGGUGAGCGGAGACAAAAUGGUCCCAAUAAAGACCGAACACUUUCGGAUGCCGAUGUUAAGCACCAGCUGUACAGACGCAGUAGGAGUAGUGAAUCAUGGGACACGGAUGAUUUGCCUGAAUGGAGUGUUCCUGGUGAUGAUGAUAUGGAAGAGCUGGGAACGUUCGAUGCCAGUGGGGCAUUUGUUACUUCUCAUCCGAAGGGCUUUAGAAAUGGAGAGAGUCCGCACUCUGAUGUACAGAACACCAAUCAGUCACCGUCACAGCCUAACACAGACUUGCCUCCUCAGGGCAAGGAACCACCUCGAGAACAGAGAAGGGAUAAGAAGAAUCAGCGCUCAACAAGUGCUCCCGAGGUCAAACAAGAAAGUGCUAGUAACCAUGGCAACAGCCAGUCUCAGUCUCCACAGCCUGCUGUCAAAUCCAAUCAGGAACCUAAGAGAAUAGAUCCCUCAAAAUCUGUGCAGUUUGGGGAUGUGUCACAAAGUCUUAAUGACUCAAACAGUGCUCCAGUUGAACAGACAUUAAACACUAUGAGUGUGAACCAAGUGAGUGUACCUGUCAAGAAAGUUAAGGGUGGCCUGCCAACAGCGGACAGUGAUCCCUUGGAUAGAUUAAAGGAGGCCGCUGAGAACAUGGUAGCCGAAAUGACAGCUGAGGAUGAAGAGAACAGGUUACAGAGAGGUCCCAUGGACCCUCGGACUCAAGGUGUCCCUCUAAGUCAUGAAGAGUCCCUCAAGUGGUUUUACAGGGAUCCCCAAGGAGAUGUCCAAGGUCCUUUUAACCCAGAGGAGAUGGCCCAGUGGUUCAGUGCUGGUUACUUUACAAUGAGUCUUCUGGUUAAAAGGGGAUGUGAUGAACGAUUCCAGCAGCUAGGAGAGCUGAUCAAGAGAUGGGGCCGAGUUCCAUUCCUAGCUGGCCCAACACCACCUCCAUUACUGAACAUCCCAGUAACAGCUGCCAAUACUGAAGCCCCCGUAAAACAGACCCCACCCACACAGCAGCCAACGCCCACUCCUCCACCCCCUCAGGACCUGCUUGGAAUCAUACCUCAACAGUUUCUCCUUCAACAGCUCAUGCAACAACAGAUGCUCAUGAGACAGAUGCAGGUCCAGAUGAUGACACAGAUGCAAGAACAGGAUUCAUUCAAGAACAUGUCUCCACCACAGCAGCAACAGAUGGUGAUGCAGAUGUUGAUGCAGACACAACCUAUGUUUAUGCAGCAACUUCAGCAGCUACAACAACUACAGCAGCAACAACAACAACAACAGCAACAACAACAACAGAACAGGCUGUCCCCACAGCCGCAGACAGCAGAGGGCACCCCUACUACCUCCCACCCAGCAUAUCACAUGCCCCAGCCUGGCCCUGCUGCAGAAGGGGAGGGGCACCCUCCAGGACAAGUUGCUUGGUCUCAGCCCAGCAGUGUGUGGGACCUGGAGACGCCACCCAGUGACAUGUCACCCAACACUGUGAACCAGCAGCAACUGGAAAAACUGCAAGCUCAACAGAAAGCAGAAGAAAUUCGCCGGAAGCAGGAGGAGGAAGAAGAAAGACGUCGUCAGAUAGAGAUGCAGAGAACUCAGGAAGAGCUGAAGAGACAGCAGGAGGAGAUAGCCAUAGAGAGGGAGAAGAUGAUACGAGAGAAGAAGGAGCUAGAGAGACAGAGACAGGUCGAGCUGAAGCGUAUGGAAGAAAUCCGUCGUCGGGAGGAAGAAGAAAUGAGACGACAAAUGGAGGAAGAACGUAAACGAGAAGAAGAGAGAAUGCGAGAAGAGCAGCGUCGCCGAGAAGAAGAGCUUGUUGUCCAGAGAGAAGAAGAAGCUCGUAGGAAGCAGGAAGAAGAAAGGAAGAGAAUGAUAGAGGAAGAGAGGAGGCGACAAGAGGAGACGCACAGACAACAGCUGGAGGAAGAACACAAGAAACAGGAGAUGUUGCGGCAGCAGGAAGUACAGAGACAACAGGAGGAGAUGCAGCAGGAGCAGCAGCGGGAGGAGGAGCGACAGAGAGAGAUGCUCAGACAACAGGAGAUGCAGCGUCAGGAACAACAGAAACUUCAACAAGAGGCACUAAGACGUCUCCAGCAACAACAACAAGAACAGUUGGCUCGAAUGCAGCUUCCUGCCACUGCGCAGUGGGCGAGUCAGCUGCAGCAGAGGGAGGCGAACGAAGGGAAGUCCCUGGCAGAGAUACAGCAGGAGGAGGAGAGACAGAUGCAGGAGAGAGAACGCCAACUUGAGAUUCAGAGGCAGCAAAUGUUUGCCAUCCAACAACAGCAGCAGCAGCAACAACAGCAACAGCAGAAGUCAUGGGGAGCACAAAUGACGGUGAACCAGGCUGCAACGAACACACUGAAGUCACUGCUGGACAUUCAGGAGGAACAGAAAGCCAAACAGUUAGACCAAAACAAGAAGAAAGCCAAACAAGUUCAGCCCACUCCGCCCAAGAAUACAGCUGCCACCAUGGCUACACCUAGCAUGUGGAGCAACGUGGCCAGCAAUGGUGCUCAGUCCACGGGGUGGGGGGGGAACGCUGUGUGGAAGACGGACAAGUCAGGGGGGGGCCUGGGGUUCUGGGAUGAGGCUGUGAUAUCUUCAGGAAGGGCAGCAACCAAAGAGAAAGAAAGUGGUGAGUUUCCUGCGUUAGGGGGCAAGAAACGAAACCAACAAAACAAUAAUGCAACGACUAAUGCAUCUGCAGCUGCAGCGGCAGCAGCAGCAGCUGCCGCCGCUACUGCAAACCGCAACAGACAGACAAAACCAAAGAAAGAGGAGGAUGCUGUGCACAAGAUGUUUCAGUUAGCAAGGCCUGUUGACGAUUUCACUCAGUGGUGUGAGAAGGCACUCGCAGGACUCGCAUCAUCAGUGGAUGUUCCAACAUUCAUUGCCUUUCUGCAAGAGGUUGAUUCUCCAUAUGAGGUCCAUGAUUAUGUGAGGUCGUACCUUGGUGAGUCUGGUGCUGCAAAGGAGUUUGGUCGGCAGUUCCUGGAGAAACGGAGCCAGUAUAAGCAGAAGGCCAGACUAGAGAGACAACAGGAGGAGGACAGUAUUUGGGGCCCAGCACCUGCAGUCAACCCGAAGGAGGUCCGGUCCAGCAACAACAAUGAUGCUGAGUCGGCAGCCCGCAACAAGAACAAGAAGAAGAAGGGCAAGAUGCAGAAGAUUGACAAGAGCAUCCUUGGCUUCACGGUCCAUGCUGACCCCACACGGGUCAACGCUGGCGAGAUCGAGAAUGUGGACUGAACAUUGGUGCUAUGAAAUGUGGUCUUUCCUUUACUUUCUGUUGCCGAGAUUGUUGCAAUGUUGGACCUGCUGUUUGCAAAGCUGGACACAGCCCAGUCAAGAUUUGAGAUGAUAUCCUCAUUGCUUGUUACUUGCAAAAUUGUCCUCCAGAUUUCAGUCUUGGCACAGAUAUUGAACGAGAAUGGUGACUAACUGGUGUGCUAGUAUAUAGUGGAUUGAUUCAGAUGACGCCAACUCCAAUGCUGGUGCCUCAACAACUGAUUGGCUGAUGUGACUGUUCAGCAACAGACUUCUGUACCCCAUUGAAAGUAGAUCGGGUGGACACCACUGACUAUCUGCCUGUUGGUGAUGGAAUAUGCUUGGUGAAGGAUGGACCCGGUCAGGAUUCCUCCAACGCUGUGAUCGGGUCGUCCCAGCCAACACAUAGUCCAAACCUGAAGCAAAUAUCUGUGAUACUAAAUACUAUUUUCCAUCGUCAGAGGGUGCUGCACAACAGGGAAAGUAACAAAGAGGAAAGAAAUCUGAAGAAAGUCGAUAGUUGAAAACGACGUUGGUGAGUCAUGGACCGCUUCUGCUGCUUGGUGAGAUGCAACAUGACAGCGAUGAUGCAACUCGAGGCCUCUCUUUGCCAUGUGUCCUGGAGGCGGCCAGUGUCCCAUGUCAAUACAUUCUUUCUUCAAUCUAAUAUUGAGAAGGUGCUUGUGCCUUUGUUAUUUUAAUUGCGUGUUGGUUUCUUUAGUGAAAAUAUUGUUCCAGAGAAAACAAGUACUUAAGCACGAUGAAUUUUAACUGAAUUUGUCAGGGAUCACAAUGUUAAGUCUUUAUGAAGCCCAGGAUAACCUGAAUAGUUUCUGCAUUUCUUAACAUACUUUUAUUGUUAUCGCAUAAUUAUCCAAACCGGAUACAUGGCUUUUAUACAGGUUCUCUGCUUCACAUAAGUUGACCGAAGUGAGAUUUGUUGUUUUUUAAUUAUUAUGUAGUUACCAGUAAAACACAAUUUAAACUUUAGGCUUUGCUAUUCAGAGAGAUUAUUCUCUGUUCCAUCAAGCUGCUAUCAUAGCAAUAACCUGACUUAAUUCAAUCCAACAUAUUGCACCGAAUUUAACGAUCUAGAUAUUUAUGUAACGAUGUUAUACUUGAAUGAAUUUGGGUGUUACAUGAAUGAAAUCCCAUCGGUAAUAGCUUAACGCAGUCGCUGAAAUAUGAAGACAAGAAUUCUGCUGUGUCUCCAGACACGACACAGUUGACUCAGACAAAAUAUACAGCAAAACAAACAGACUCGGAACGUGUUGUUUGGUUUGUGAUGUCAAGAAUAUCGAGAGUUCAGAUUUCCAUGGAUGAUAAUGUCGGUAAUGGAUUUAUUGAAGGCAGUGUGUGUCCAUUUACAUAGAACUGCCUACAUGGCAUCUAUUUAAAUGGAUUCUUACUGUCUUUUGGCCAAUAUCUCAUCUCACAAACAUCUUAAUAGAAUCAGUGUUCAACAGAUAAAGUAGUCCACUCAGGAUGUUGCCAAAUGUACAUCAUUGUAGCAGCUCAUAUAUUAAUUCACUUUGAGGGGAAAUUACAUUUUCAAAAUGUUUAUUAGAAGACUCCGUCAUAUCUUAAAUAUUAUGUUAUUGAUUAAUUCUUAAUGGUGUCAUUCUACAAGCUUGUAAGUACCUUGAGCCAGUUCCUGGGCUGCUGUGUGUGUCAACACACGUUCCAUGAAGAUUCCACCUCACCCAGUAGCUAGGAGCAGAAUCUCUGCUGUCACAACACUCCUAUCUCCAACAAAGAUGUUUCCAAUUAAACUAUGCAUAAUGUACAGCAUCUCUUGCCUGAAUGAUGUCAGGAUUGUAUUGUUGGAGUUCAAUGACAUACACAGUAUACAUGUCAUGUUAUCAGCCAUUGAUACUGCAAGGGUUAAAAGAUGUGGUUCCGGACUUAUGUAACAUUGCAAUAUUUAUUUUUAAAAUAUACACCUUGAAAAAAGUUAAUCACCACCCAGUCUUUCUUGUCCUAUAUUCCGAACUUAAGUGCAUCUGUUGCCAUGGAAUAGCUACAAAGUGCAUAACAUAAUCAGUUUUACUUUUGCUAAUAUGAGGAUUUAACUUUGGAAAUUUAUUACAGGGUCUGAUAUACAGACAUGGCUGUUUCAUGUUGAAAUAUAUAUAGUACUCAAAAGAAGUUAAACAACACCUGAUUGUUUUAUAUGACUAUGGUUAAUGUGUCAUGGCUUUGACAUGAGCUAUAGUCAUUUAAAAACAUUUGGAUGUUCUUUAACUCUUUUUUAAUAGGAGUAUAGUAAGCAGUGCUUUACUUUUUUUCAGGUGUAUAUGUAACUAGUCGAGUUACUGUUCUAUGUUGGAAUGUCUGAACAGUGGCCGUCACAUUACGAUGGAUACUUUUGAUAUAGUUGGCUCUAGGAUGAUAAAGUACACCUAACCAGUAUUCCUGAAUACUAGCAUCUAUGAUCUGUAAUACAUGAUACUGUAAGCAUGUGGAACAAGGAUAAAUAUCAGAAAAAAUACUGAAUCGAUGUGACACUAUUUUGGCUUAUCUCUGAUUGUUCUCAUGGGUCAAUUGCAGAGUGUAAAUAUUUUUUAACCCUUGCUGUGUUGAUGCCUUCUGUCACACAUUGUGAUUUAUAUUUGCUAAAAGCUAGGUCUGUUUCACUGAAGUCUAAAUUAAAUUGGUUUUAGCUGUACUGCUUAGAAGUGCAUAAUAUGGAUAAGAUCACAGCUUUUGACUAUGAUACAACAGGCGUAACUGAAUCUAUGUCCUUUGAACAAUCAGGAUUCCGGUAACAAGUUCUGCAUAUUUAGAGUCAUGUUUUUAGUGUGCAGUUUUGUUUCGUCACGAUAUGGCUGAAAUAUUGCCGAUGUGACGUUAAACUUUAACUCACUCACUCACUCACUCAGUCUGCAGUUGAGAUGCAGAUGGAAAGAAGCUUUAAGCAAAACGAUAGACAUGCACUCUUACCUAUGUAGGAACUGUCCCCACUCAGGAGGACCCCCCAGCUUGUUGCUGGGAGCAACUUGUAUCAGGCUGCCACAAGGUCCCCCAGCUUGUUGCUAGGAGCAACUUGUAUCAGGCUGCCACAAGGUCCCCCAGCUUGUUGCUAGGAGCAACUUGUAUCAGGCUGCACAAGGUCCUCCAGCUUGUUGCUAGGAGCAACUUGUAUCAGGCUGCCACAAGGUCCCCCAGCUUGUUGCUAGGAGCAACUUGUAUCAGGCUGCCACAAGGUCCCCCAGCUUGUUGCUAGGAGCAACUUGUAUCAGGCUGCCACAAGGUCCCCCAGCUUGUUGCUAGGAGCAACUUGUAUCGGGCUGCCACAAGGUCCCCCAGCUUGUUGCUAGGAGCAACUUGUAUCAGGCUGCCAAAAGGUCCCCCAGCUUGUUGCUAGGAGCAACUUGUAUCAGGCUGCCACAAGGUCCCCCCAGCUUGUUGCUAGGAGCAACUUGUAUCAGGCUGCCACAAGGUCCCCCAGCUUGUUGCUAGGAGCAACUUGUAUCAGGCUGCCACAAGGUCCCCCAGCUUGUUGCUAGGAGCAACUUGUAUCAGGCUGCCACAAGGUCCCCCAGCUUGUUGCUAGGAGCAACUUGUAUCAGGCUGCCACAAGGUCCCCCAGCUUGUUGCUAGGAGCAACUUGUAUCAGGCUGCCACAAGGUCCCCCAGCUUGUUGCUAGGAGCAACUUGUAUCAGGCUGCCACAAGGUCCCCCCAGCUUGUUGCUAGGAGCAACUUGUAUCAGGCUGCCACAAGGUCCCCCAGCUUGUUGCUAGGAGCAACUUGUAUCAGGCUGCCACAAUGUCCAAGUAUGGAUACUUCCUAGUUUGAUUGCCUGUUUAUGUCAGUCUCAUGGCUUGACAAGCGACUUCCUGCUGUGAUGGAACUGUUAUUUUGUUGAUUCAUUGUAAUCCUAAUUCAUUGAAAAUACUACUUGUACUCUACUGCAGAAAUGUCUAUUGUAUGAAACAGACUUGAGCACGUUUCGGUUCACCAAUACCAUGUCAAGUAUAAAUGUCAGAUUACAUAAGUGUGAACAUGUUGAUACAUACUUUCAGGUUGAAUGCUCCAAGAUGUUCAUUUACAUCCUUUAUCAUUACUUUGUGAGUCAAUUUUUCUGAAUUUCAAAAUUGCUAAUCACCUAUUUCUUUCCUAUGUACAUCUGUUUCUUUUCAUUAAUGUCUUAAGAUGGUGUUGCUCAUUAAAUGUAGGUCUGAAAAGCCUGCAGUAAUUUUGAAUUACAGCUGUAAUCUAUAUCAUUUUCAUUCUCUCAAAGUUAGGUAACUUUUGUUAUCUGUGUAAAAAAGGUUUUGAUGCCCAACAUGAACAAUCCAACGUUAGUAGCGGCAUUAUGCAAAAUCGGCUCCAGUUACUUCCCCUGUUUUGCCAGUUAUCUCCCUUGCGCCAUGCUGAGCUUUGUCUGUUUUGAUCAGUCAGACAUCAUUACCACGUGUCCUAGACAGUGAGUAUGGGUUGUCUCCUAUUUAUGAUGUUUGUGUUGAACCAGUCUUUCUGAUGGAGUACCAAUGCCUUGGAUUAUAGAAUACUUCCUGCCUUUGGAAUUGAUCAUAAAAUAGUGAAUUACUUAAUGUUAUCAAAAUAGUAAGCUUUGUUUAUACAUUCAGAUGUCUUGUCUUCAAGUUCGUAAUCUGUUAUAUAUUUGGAUUAAGUUGCCUAUUUAAGAUCUUAACGCAUUACUUAAAAGAUAACUAUUGUUUGAUUUCUGGUUUAAAUUUUGAACUAUUUUUCUAAAGAGGAGGAAGCACCAUGAUUAGGAGCUUUUGUUUUCAGUAUCUUGCCAGUGCUCGCUCGUGUGUUGAUUCAAAGUACGACAUGUCUUACAUUAAGUUGACAACUGAGGUGUGACCGAGAUACAGUUCCAAACAGCAUUAGACCAUCUCUCUCAGUUCCAGUCAAGGAUUUUGCUGGGGAAGAGCUGCAUCGAGGUGUUGGUACUUCAUGAAAGAAUUGAGAAAGUGGGACAAACAAAUGAAAGAAGUUACAUUAACUAACUACAGCAAGUAAACAAGUACUUUGACCCAACCCAGAGAUCAGAUGUGGUUUGGUCAGCCAUGCCUGUGUUUGACAAUGUUAUAAAACUGACCACAAUUCUAUAUUUGUAUGGAUGUCAUCUAUUUUAGAUUAUUUUGUCCGAAUGUGACAGUUUGCAGUUUGCUGUUGAUAUUCUGAACUUUGCAUGUGCGUGUGUGAGUUAGUGAGGAUGUGGAAGAACGAGAGGCUCAUGGAUGCAUGUUAAUAGAGAGGGUGGUGUAUUGUCUGAAUUAUUGAAUGUGUUGCCAUGAUGAUUGAGCAAUAAAGUGCCAAUUUUUCAAAUGA